UACAUUUCCCAUGUCAAAGCAGGCGCAUUUCUGAGAUUUGUUUUUAGCAUGGCAGGGACACAAGUUGUGCGCAAAGAAAACACUUUUUAAUAUUUUAUAUAUUUUCCCCUAAACUCUGAAAGGGUUCUAGCAGGCCUCGCUCUUCUCAACAACUGUAGUCUAAAUUGGGGUUGUUGGUGUGAUGCCGGUGCACCGUGACCGAGAGAAGAAGGAGAGCGUAGCAGAGGAGAUGGAUGUGGAGGAGCAGGAGCACGAGGCUUCCAGCUCAGAGGAGGAGGAAUCUGACACCUCCUCUGUCUCAGAGGAUGGAGACUCUUCUGAAAUGGAUGAGGAAGAUUGUGAGCGGAGGAGAACAGCAUGUCUGGAUGAAAUGUCCAACCUGGAGAAACAGUUUAACAAUCUGAAAGACCAGUUGUAUCGAGAGCGACUUAGCCAGGUGAACUUCAAACUGGCGGAAGUCGAGGCUGGACGGGCAGCAGAAUAUCUCGAUCCUCUAGCUGUAUUGCUGGAGAACAUGCAGGUCCGCACUAAAGUUGCAGGUAUUUACAGAAAGCUGUGUCUGGAUUCUGUGAGGAACAAGUACAACUGUGAAAUCCAGGCUGCAUGCCAACACUGGGAGAGCGAGAAACUGCUAUUGUUUGAUACAGUGCAGAGUGAGCUGGAGGAGAAAAUUAGAAGACUGGAAGAGGACAGACACAGCAUAGAUAUCACAUCAGAGCUUUGGAAUGAUGAGCUGUCUGGGAGGAAGAAAAGACAAGAUGCUUUAAGUCCAGAUAAGAAGAGGAGGAGACCUUCUGUGGUUUCUGGUCCAUAUAUUGUCUAUAUGCUACCUGAUUUGGACAUCCUGGAGGACUGGACAACUAUCAGGAAGGCCGUAGCCACCUUGGGCCCUCACAGAGUGAAGGUUGACGCCGACAGCUGCAGUUUCCCCUUCAGAUCUGAAAAAAAUAGGCCAAUUCUUAACUGCUGAGAAGCCCAUAUGGAUGUUUAAAAGCACAUAAGAACCUCAGACAUGCAUGGGACACAAAUCUGAAUACUUCUACUCCUCACAGCCAUUGGUAGUUAAAACUUUACAUUUUAAGCUGCCAGUUUUGGAGGUUUUCCUGUUCUAUUAAAAAAAAAAAAAAAAAAAACAUCAGCAUUAAUGAUCCCUUCAAAUAAAUGUGGCUGCUUUGGUUUAAACUCAGGCUUUUACGAUUUAAUCAGUAUCUCUCCUGUUUGAACACUUCAUUCAAAACGUUACAUUUCAUAAGUUUUGGGUGUAAAGGAAUAAUUAACUUGGAGGGAUUGUUUAAAACUUCUAAAAACAAGUACCAGUUUUCUGCUUCUGCUUGAUCUUUUGUAUUCUAAUUGGAUAAAUAUUUCCAGCUAUUCAUUGUGAGUCAGUUCUCUUCUAAGCAGCUGUUAUUUUAAAAUCAGAGCAAUAAUAAAUAAAUAGCUGCCUGCCUUAGCCUUAAAUGGGUACCAUCUUGGUUUGUGGUUUUAACAGCCCUUAAGUACAGUGUUUUUUUUUGUUUUUUAAAUUGUUUUUUUGUUUUUUCCAGGAAACUAUUAUUGUAUUAUAAUCUCAUUGUGUUUUUACACUGAGUGAAAAGAAAAAAGGAAAUACAACUUCAGUUUACAGAUUCAAGAGCUAUUCAUAUGCUCUUGCUCAUAUGAUAAGAAAUGUAAAAAAAAAAA